GGCUCAAGCAUAAUCAAUGAGCCAAAGGGAAGAACCAUGGCUGCCUGCAAUUGAGUGCGUUGACUGCGGGGUGGGUCAUGGACUUUGUGCCAAACAGUACAAGGUCUCAAUAUGAUGACGUUCCAGGAUUCUCAGAUGAAGAAUGGCCGCAGCAACGCAUGUAUGGAGACUUUUACAGAGAGAAAGAGGACAACACGAGAGGAGUUUCGUUUGCCCCCGAACCAGCGCGGGCAUUGCAAUAUGAUUGCGACUACUACCGUGAACAGGAUGAUGUCCUCAAAGGCUUAACCAUUGCGCAACUUCCCGAAGAGAGCAUGUUUGGCAAUCGGACUCCAUGGUCGUGGGGAAGCUCCACAUGUGCCAGUAGUGAAGAGCAUUUCUUCAAGAACGCUGGAGCGUGUAUCAGUCCUAAGAGCUCGGAGGCUCACGGGAACACUGCCACGCGCCUCUUUGAUCCAGCCGCGGUCGGUGGAAGAGAAUUCACAGAGUCCGAUGUUCCACCGAAGAAGCCAAUGGAUCCUUACUGGCAGUUUGAGGCAGUGUGCCGGCUCUUUGUCAGAUGCUACACCUCCAUGAUCUUGGUUGGGCCAAUACACAUAACCAUAAUUGAGGUGACCACUGCAUACGUGCAGACCGCGACUCCAUGGACUCUCGGGAACCACCUGCUGAAUUUCCUUAUGCAAGACCUAGCUUCUCCGAACAUUAAGGUAGGCAAGCCGGGCAAGUUCGCCAUCAAGGCUGAUGCCUUCGUGGGCUCAGUCAAAUGUACACUGAAGAUUCGUGUCUAUUCUGAAGAGAAUGAGAAGUAUGCCGUGGAAUUUCAGAGACGCAUGGGCUGUUCAGUUGCUUUCAACCGUGCCUUCUCCGAGGCAGUGAAGUUUUUGAGAUCUUUCUUCACAGUGCAAUCCACACAUGAGGCUAUGCCAAACUUCAGCCCACCAGUUUGUGAGAGCCCAACCUCUUCCGAUGCUGAGAUUAUGCCAUUGCUGGACAUGGCCAGCUUGGGGACGUUUCCGUCGCUUCAGGCGGAGUCAGCAGCAGCAUUGGCAGACAUGGCAAAGGAUCCCGCGGCAGCAACAUUGCUUCUCAAAGAAGAUGUCUUCAAGGAAAUUCAAAAUCUGCUUCAGAGCAACAACGCUGAAGUUGCGUUCCCGACAAGUCGAUUGUUGUCAAGCUUGGCAAAAAUUCCACAGGCGUCCAACUACUUUUCUGCGCCUGGACUUCUACCUAUGAUGAUCGACAAGGUGCAAUCUCCUGCGUAUGCACAACUGGUGGAGCUAGCCCAGGCGGUGACGCUGGUCAUCGAGAGGGUUUCCUUGGAUGAAGAGCAGAAAGAAAGGGUUACCAGGCAGCUGCAGUUGGCCAUCAAGGAGAUGGUACCAAGUCACCGUGCACGGCCGCUGUUGGAACAGGCACUGCACACACUUCGACGGCGAUUGGCAUGAGCUCCCAGUCGGGGUGGUUCACCGCCGACAACGUGCCGUUGCUUGCUGUGCAGUGCAGGAGCACGAUGCUGGUAGCUUUCAUUGGGACCUUCGAAUUGGCACCGGGCAGUGGGUAGCUCUGGUUGUAGCAAACAGGCC